AUGACUUCAAGUCAAGACACCAAAAAUUUAGACGUAAAUAAUUCCAAUGAUUCCCUUCAAAGACAUGAACAUCAGUUGGGAGGACAUGAUAAAUUAUUGUCUUUAGAUAAUUUUAUUUUAGUUAAACCUUGUAAUAAAUUUGAAAAGGAUUUUUAUGAAUCUAGUGUAAUACACCCAAAAUUCGCAAAGUGGAUGCCUAAAUAUUUUGGAUGUUUAACAUUGCAAGGUCAUAAUUCUACACUUUCUGACCAAACAAUAGAUGUUAAUAUCAUCAGAAGAGGUAUUGAGGAACAGAACGCAAAUAUUACUGGAGCUGUUUGUAUAGAAAAUUGUUUGUAUAAAUUCAAAAAACCAUGUUUCUUGGAUUUAAAAUUAGGUAAACGACUUUAUGGAGAAGAUGCUGACGAAGCAAAAAAGCAAAAAAUGAUUAGAAAAGCGAAAAAUACCACAGCAGAUUCAUUCGCUUUUAAAUUAACAGCAUUUAAAGUAUUUAAAAAAUCAACCGAUAGUUAUGUCAAUUAUAGUAGAGAUUAUUGUAAUAAACUCAAUUCUGAUAAUUUAGCUUCAAGUUUCUUUCAUUUCUUUGAAGCAGACAUAUCAGAGAAACUACGUCAAACUAUUAUUAAACGUUUUAUAGAAGAUAUAGAAUCUCUGAUAGAAGUAAUGAAUAAUGAAGAAAUGAGACUUUAUGGAGCUUCUUUAUUUGUUAUUGUCGAAUUGGCAACACAACUUGGAAUAUCUGCUGGAGUUUCAAUAUAUUGUUUAUUACAAUUCGAAUGGAAUCGACGUCUAAAGUCUAUGCAAUAUUUAUAUAUCCCACGAACGAAACUUCCUAUAAAUCCCUCACCUCCAAUACCUCCUGGACUUUUUUCUUGGAUUAAAGCCACUAUUUUUCUACCUGACGAAUUUUAUUUAAAAAAUGUUGGAUUGGAUGCCACAAUUUAUAUUCGGUUUCUAUGGAUGGCAUUUCAAUUUCUAGUAUUUAAUACAAUAAUAGUUGGGUCUAUCCUUUUACCAAUAAAUUAUUAUGGUGGUGGAAAUGAGACAGGUGUCACAAUAUUUUCUAUGAAUAAUAUUCCUAUUGAAGUUACUGAACCAUUAUGGGCUCAUGCCAUAUGUACUUAUUUUGUAAGCAUAAGUUGGAUGUAUCUUUUAUAUAAAAAUUAUUAUGAUUAUAUGAAAAUGUUUGAACAACAUCUUUUAAAUAGAGUAGUUAAUGAUCCUAUUACCGCUCGAACUGUGAUGAUUUCAAGAAUUCCUCAUAAUUUAAGAUCAGAAGAAAAACUUCAGAAAUUUGUAGAAAAUUUGAGUUUGGGACCUGUUGAAUCCGCAAGAAUGGUACGACAUACCGGGAAGUUAGAUAGAAAAAUUGAUAGACGAGAGAAAGUUUUACUAGAAUUAGAAAAAGCUCAUAUACGACUAGCAAAAAAUGUUUGUAAUGCUAUUGAUAAACGCAAGUUUGGUUCCAAAUUUUUUGCCAAAUUAUUUGGUCAUAAAAAUGAUUCCUUUGUAAUUCUCGAGUCAGGUGAGACCAGUGAACAUCAACGGAUUCAAACACUUAUAGAAUGGUUGGAUCCACUAAGUUGUACUUUCCCUGGUGAUGAUACUAUAGAACAAGAAGAUAGUUAUGGACGAAAAUUUAUCAUAUGGAAUUCCCUUAGUCAAAUAUCAAAAAAAAUAAUUGACAAAUAUCAACCAACUCAUAGGGUUAAAUUUACGAAAAGUGUUCGUUCAAUUGAUCAUUUUCUUAAAAAAUUUAAUUAUCUGGAUCGUCGCAUUGCUGAAUUAAGAUCCAUGCCAAUAACUGAGGCACCAUAUAAAGCAACGAGUACCGGUUUUGUUACAUUUCGUGAUCAUAUUAGCGCUCAGUUAUGUGCUCAAAGCAUAAUGUGUUCCGAGCCUCAUACUUGUACAACGAAUAUGGCACCAGAGCCAAGAGAUUUACUUUGGGACAAUCUGACUAUGAGAUUUAAAGAAAAAGUGAUUCGUAAGAUUAUUGUAAAUGCAUGUGUAUGGGGUUUAACAAUAUUUUGGCUUUUCCCGAUUAUUUCCAUUCUUACUUUGACAUCUAUUGAUUCACUUUCUAAGGGUUUGAAAUUCCUGGGCCCUCUGUUGACAACUUCUCCGUUACUAUUAACCUUACUUCAAAAUGUAUUGCCAACAGUGUUGGUUUCGACUUGUAUGGCGAUUUUACCUUGGAUAUUAAUGGAACUUUCAAAGCAAGAAAGCUUUUCAUCUUAUUCAGGAUUAGAGGAAGCUGUUCUUGUGCGAUACUAUCACUUUUCAUUCUUUAACGUUUUUAUUGUGUUCUUAUUUGGUAUUACUUUUUUGCAAGCCAUUUUCGAUGUAAUCAAUAAACCAACAAGUAUUCUUGAUGUUUUGGCUACCAGUUUACCUCGGGGUGCGACCUUUUUUAUUAACUAUGUCAUUUUCAAUAUAAUUACGCAUGGGCUUGAACUUGUUCAAGUUGGAUCCCAACUAUUCUUUCAUAUUGCCCUUACUUCAAGAUUUAUAGCAACCACUCCACGAAUGUUACAACGAAUUACACAUCCAUGGUCUUUCCAAUUUUAUUAUUAUUAUCCUAUGCACAUUUUGGUCUUCGUUAUUACACUUACAUAUUCCACAAUCAAUCCAUUGAUCUUGGUUUUUUCUCUCGUUUAUUAUUCCAUUGCACUUGUUGUAUUUAAACAUCAAUUUGCUUAUUGUUACGUGCGUCGGUAUGAAGCUGGUGGAAAAUUUUAUCACCGAGUCUUCGGAUACACUACUGAUGGUUUGAUCGUCUUUCAAUUAACUAUUCUUGGGAUGAUCUGGUUACGUAAAGCCGUCUUCUCGGGAGCCACUCUUAUUCCACUUUUAGCAGGAACCAUUUAUUUUAAAUAUUAUUGUCACAAGACGUUUCAUUCUAGAACACAUUUCUUGGCUUUAGAUUCACGUGAUAAAAUUCCUAAUGCAGGACAAGAUGAUCAAGAAGAUAAUCAGGAACAAGUUGGUAAAGUUGGUAAAGUAGAAAAGAUUAAUACAGAUAAUUCUGAAUCAUCGGGGAAAGCCAUGAAAUCUGAUAAGAAAUUUAAUGAUGUACAUGAAGAAACUAAUAGUAGUAACGGAAUUAAAGAAACUGUAAUUGAAAACAGAUUUGAGGGCAAGAUAACGGAUGAUAAAUUCUAUAAAUUGGGAAGUGAUAAUGAAAUUAAUAUGGAAAAUAAUUUGAAGAAAAAUUAUUCUUAUUAUUCCGAAAAUACAGAAAAAAUUGGUAAUUCAGAAGAAAGUUUAACUGUUUUUGGGAGAUCAGAUAAGAAACAAUUAAUUAAUAUUGGAGAAAUUAAUGAAAAUACUCAAAGUUCAAUUGAUAUUACCCAAACAAAUACUUUAGAUGAAAAGAAAGAAAGUGAUAUUGCAAAUAAAUCAUCAUUUAAUAAUGAUGGCAAAAAGUUAAAAAUUGAAAUUGAUACAAAUAUUCCUUUAGUUUUAACUCCGGACAGACUUUCUAUUCAAGAUACUGGUGCUCGACGUUUGACUUCACGUGGAAACCUUCAGGGAUGUAUUAUACAUCCGGCACACUUUAUACAUGAUCCUAAUCGUAAAAUAGUUCAAGAUAAUGUCUCUCCUUAUCAGACUUACACACAUCCUAAUCUCGUGAAAUCUUUAAAUCGUAAACUUUGGUUACCUCGUGAUCCUCUUAAAAAAAUAAAUGUUGAUGGUACCGUUGAACUUGAUCGAGCAUUAACUUCAAGUGAAGGAGGUUCAGGAAUUGUUGGAUAUUGGGGUGGGGUAUCUUCAUAUUUAGGUGAAGCGAGAGUUAGUAUGCAUGGUGCACAUGAAUUUCCUAUUUCACCAUUUCAUCAACGUUAUGGAACAAAUCAUAAAAGAAAACCAACUUCUGAAACAGGACCUGCUGAACAAUGUGAUGAAGAAGAAAUUUCACCUUAUGACUGUGGACUACUGUCACCAGAGGAAGAGGGAAUAGUGACUUUAAAUGGAUUUAACAGUGGAGAGUUGAAAUCGGUUGUAAUUUUAACUUCAUAUGAGCAUAUAUUAUAG